AUGAAGUGUCCAAGCAGUCUUACUUGGACCCUGGUGACAUUAUUGAUAAUUUCUGGAAAAAACUAUGGAUCUGAUUCUGGUGAAAAAAACAGACCCAAAAGGAACAUUAAUCAGGCACAGCCUCGCAUGUCCUCUGAAGAGGGCAAUUUAGUCUUCCGCACCGGCUCUGCCAAGAAUAUUGAGUUCAGAACUGGAUCACAGGGCAGAAUAAAACUUAAUGAAGAAGACCUUGCUGAUACUUUUAGUCAGAUCCAAAGGAAUAAAGAUGAAAUUCUAGAACUAAAAAGACUCACCAGCAUCUCUCACAAUGUUUCUAGUCAGAUCACUCAGCUUCAGUCCCAGAUUGUGAAUAUUGAAGGCAGACUUCGGAAGCUUGAGCAGACCUUCCUAAAAACAGCCUGUGACAGCAACCCUUGCCAGAAUUCUGGAACCUGCAUAAAUUUACUCGAUGCUUUUUUUUGUCUUUGUCCCAACAAUUGGCAGGGGACAUUUUGUUCUGAUGAUGUUAAUGAAUGCCAGAUUUAUGAGGGAACACCCUUAGGCUGCCAGAAUGGAGCGACAUGUGUAAAUAAUCCGGGUAGUUACAGUUGCAUCUGUACACCAGAAACGUAUGGACAACACUGCACAUCCGAAUUUAACGAUUGUCAAGGAGGAUCUUCUCCCCUUUGUGGACAUGGGGUUUGUGUGGAUGGAAAGAGAGAACAGCUCAACCAGCCAAAUUAUACUUGUAUCUGCGAUCCUGGCUGGAUGUCGCCUCCAGGGAGCCCUGCUUGCAGUGCUGACAUUGAUGAAUGCAGCCUCCCGAGCCCACCCUGCUCAGUGGAUCCUCCUGUACAGUGCAUCAACACACCAGGCUUCUAUUACUGUGGUCCUUGUCCAGGAGGCUAUGAAGGUGAUGGAAAAGUAUGCACACUGCUUAACAUAUGCUCAGUCAACAAUGGGGGUUGCCAUCCACUUGCUGCAUGCAACAGCACAUCAGGCUUUGUACCUAAUUGUGUUUGCCCAGAUGGCUAUACCGGGAAUGGUUAUGGUUCAGAUGGAUGUUUUCUCCUAAGCACUAUAUGCCAAACACACAAUCCUUGUGUAAAUGGACAAUGCCUUGCUACAGUCUCUGGCUAUAACUGUGAGUGUGAUCCUGGUUGGGUUGGUACUAACUGUGCAGAAAACAUUGAUGAGUGUUCCAGCAACCCUUGUCAAUAUGGAGGAAGCUGCACUGAUCAGGUGAAUGGCUACUCUUGUAAAUGUACAGAUGGCUGGACUGGACCCCAAUGUCAAAUACCCCAGCAAGCUUGUGGAAGAUCAUUUUUUAACUCAACAGGGUCAUUCAGCUACCCUAACAAUCCAGGGGAUGUGCAGUAUAAUCAGCAGGUCAACUGUAAUUGGGUUGUCAGGACCAGUUAUAAUAAGGUCCUGCGUAUCACCUUCUCAUUCUUCCAUCUGCAAGAGAGUAGCAGCUGUAGAACUGACUUUCUCCAGAUUCAUGACGGGGACUCGACAUCUGCAAAUCUGCUGGGGAAAUACUGUGGAUCAGAUCAUCCACAGGAGCUUUUUAGCAGUCACAAUUCUUUGUAUUUUGCAUUUCACUCUGAUCGCAUGAUUAGUGGAAGGGGAUUUACAGUUCACUGGGAGUCUCAACAGCCUACAUGCGGUGGAGAACUGACUAGUACUCAUGGAACAAUUAACUCACCGGGCUAUCCUGGCAACUACCCUCCCAACAGGGAUUGUUACUGGAUCAUCUCAACUAAUCCCGGUCUUCUUAUCACAUUUGCUUUUGGCAUAUUAAGUCUUGAACAUCAUGAUAACUGUACCCAAGAUUAUCUGGAGAUCCGAGAUGGCCUUCUCUCUGGAGAUCCCCUCCUUGGGAAAUACUGCAGUACUGUGGUACCACCUCCUCUUGAAACCACUGGGCCAUAUGGCUGGAUUCAUUUUCACUCCAAUGCUUAUGAUAGCGAUAGAGGAUUCCAUAUCACAUACAUGACAUCACCUGCGGAUCCCAACUGUGGAGGGAACUAUAUGGAUAGCAGUGGGGUCAUCAUGUCUCCCUACUGGCCCCAUUCUUAUCUGAAAAACAGACAGUGUGUUUACAUCAUUCGACAGCCACUCAAUGAAAAAAUCUACUUGAAUUUCACACACCUGGAACUGGAAAGCUAUCCUGACUGCUCCCUGAACUAUAUUGAGAUCCGAGAUGGUGACACUGAGAAGGCUCCCUUCAUCAACAAAUUAUGUAGAAGUGAGCUUCCUUCCACAAUCACUUCCAGUCAAAACAGCCUCUGGAUCAAGUUCAAAUCUGAUAUUUCAGCUAAUACAUCUAGCUUCAAGGCCACUUAUGAAGUUGCUUGUGGGAGUUCCUUGUUUGGCAAAGGGGUUAUCAGAUCUCCCUACCUUACCAGGCCAUUGUCAAAAGGCCUUAUCUGUGAAUGGAUCAUAUCUGAACCUGAAGGCAAUGUUGUGAUUCUUAAUUUCACUGAUUUUCGCAUCCAUAAUGUCACCACCUGCAAUUCAGAUUAUGUGGAGAUCAGAGAUGGCAACAAUGCAAAUUCUCCUUCUUUGGGAAAAUACUGUGGGGCAACUGUACCAUCUGUGGUUCAUUCAAGACGUAACUCUCUUUAUAUAAAAUUCAGAGCUUCGUCUGGUACACAUCUUGGCUUCAUAGCUGAAUACAGAUCUUUUGAUAUAGCAUGUGGAGGGAUUCUCACAGAGCCUGAUGGGAUUCUUGCAAGCCCUGGCUAUCUAAACAUUUACCCACAUGGUAUCAGAUGUUUAUGGACAAUAAUAGUGCAGCCAGGCAAUUUAAUUCAUCUGACCUUCACCUAUUUUUCCUUGGAAUUUGGUUACGAAUGCUACAGAGAAUAUCUUGACAUCUAUGACAACAGCACUAUGACAAAGAUAGGGCGGUACUGUGGCAGGUCCAUUCCACCAUCUAUUACUAGUAGUGGCAACACUGUAACUUUGCAUCUUGUGACAAAUCACAACAUGGCAUCAAAGGGAUUCUCAGUAAAUUAUGCUUCAAUGAAUGCAUCUACAGUAUGUUCACAUGAAUACACAGUAGCCUCUGGUGUGCUAACAUCACCAAACUUUCCAAACAAUUAUCCAGGCAGAAUGGCAUGCAUAUACAAGAUCCGUGUGGCAAACAAUAAACAAAUUGCUUUGCAUUUCACCAAUUUCUCUGUGGAGAGUGGAGCCAUGUGUCUGCAUGAUUAUCUUGAAAUCAGAGAUGGAGGCUAUGAAACAUCCCCCUUACUUGGAAAGUAUUGUGGCUCCUCAUUGCCUCCUGUUACCAUUUCCCAUAGUAACAAUCUGUGGAUAAAGUUUGUGAGUGACGUAUAUUUAACAAGUACUGGAUUCUCAGCUUACUGGGAUGGAACAUCAACAGGUUGUGGUGGAAUCCUUACAACUUCUUCUGGAAUGUUCAUGUCUCCGAACUAUCCUAUGCCAUAUUACCAAAAUGCAGAAUGCUACUGGCUGCUGAAGUCAAGUCAUGGAAGUGCACUUGAAAUCCAUUUUGAUCAGUUCCAUCUGGAGUCUCAUACAUAUUGUCGCUUUGAUUAUCUUGCUGUGUACGAUGGUGACAGCAGCAACAGUAAAAUGUUAGGCAAAUUUUGUGGUAAGCAGGUGCCACCCACAAUACGUUCUUCUAGCAACAAUUUGUAUAUAAAACUAAGGACAGACCGGUCUUUAAAUGGAGGAGGUUUCCUUGCUCAUUUUAAGCAAGUUUGCCAGGGAGUAGUAAUUGCCAACCGUUCCCAAGGCAUUUUGGAGAGUUUGGGCUACCCUGACAACUAUCCUCCAGAUGUAUAUUGCAACUGGACCAUCCAAACUACAGCUGGUAACACCCUGAGCUACAGUUUCCAAGCACUUAGCACAAAAGGGGGUGAAAGGUGUGAACGUGAUCAUUUAAAGCUUUAUGAUGGGCCCAAUGCUCAAUCCAAUUUGAUUGGCAUAUUUUGCGGAGAUAGUGAUCUCCCAUCUGGAGGUACCACGAAUUCCAGUCUUCAUGUGGCGUUUUUCUCUGAUCAAAUAGAUGAGUCUACUGGAUUUCAGAUGCUAUGGAAAGUAAAUGGGUGUGGUGAAGAAUUCUCUGAGCCAUCUGGAUCUUUCCAUAGCCCUGGCUAUCCAAAUAAGGACCCGCAGAAUAGGGAAUGUCACUGGUAUAUUCACACAGCCCCAGGUAGUAGCAUUCAAUUGACUAUUCUGGAAUUUGAUGUGGAAUAUAAUUCAAGUUGCAACCAUAAUGUUCUGGAGAUCUAUGGUGGACCUGACUUAUCUUCACCUAGGCUGGCCCAACUUUGCAUUCCAAGAUCAUUACAGAAUCCUCUGUAUGUCUCUAGCACUGGAAAUGCAGUUACAGUCAGGUUCAAAACAAGUGGGAGAAUGAACAGAAAAGGAUUCAAUGCCAGCUGGGAAGAGAUAGCAGGAGGCUGCGGAGGCGUUUUCCAAGUUCCGCAAGGUGAAAUUUACUCUCCAAACUACCCUCAACCUUACAGCAACAACACAGACUGCUCUUGGGUCCUCCGUGUUGAUGAGGGUCACCGUAUUGAGCUGAACUUCACAGAUGUACAGAUAGAGUCUCACAGGACAUGCAGCUAUGAUUAUGUUGCAGUUUUUGAUGGUCCAAAUAGGGAAGCUCCACUUCUUGGAAAAGUCUGUGGUCGGCAGCAGCCUCCCCCUUUCACAUCUACCCAAAAUACCAUGUUUGUGCGGUUUCGCUCUGAUGCAUCUAUACAUCUCCGAGGCUUUCGAGCUUGGUUCACUGAAGCUUGUGGAAGUGUCUUAGAAGCUGAUUCAGUUGGUGCAGCCAUUUCUUCUCCUCUGUAUCCAGCAGUAUACCCAAAUAAUCAGAACUGUAGCUGGAUUAUUCAAGCCCAAGAACCAUUUAACCAUGUUACAUUAUCAUUCACUGACCUUGAGAUUGAAAACGAUAUGCAUAACUGCAGCACUGAUUAUGUAGAAAUUCGGGAAGGAGAUAAUUCCAAUGCUCCUUUGCAAGGGCGUUAUUGUGGCUCCACAAUGCCACUUCCUGUUACUUCUUUUGGCAAUGCUUUAUCCAUCAACUUUGUCUCUAAUAAUGCUACCAUAGCAAAAGGGUUCCGUGCCACUUUUGUUGCAUCAACAUCUGCUUGUGGGGGUACCUUCCACAUGGAGAGAGGAGCCUUCAAUAGCCCAAGCUUUCCUGAGCCUUAUCCACUGAACGUUGAAUGUGUCUGGAACCUUCUGAGCUCCCCUGGCAACCGGCUCCAGCUGUCUUUCACGGACUUUCAGGUGGAAGAAAGUGAAGGCUGUACCAAAGACUACAUAGAAAUUAGGGAAGGCAACUUCAGUGGUUCUCUGGUGGGACGCUACUGUGGGAACUCUUUGCCAGUGAAUUAUACCUCAAUUACUGGACACAUUCUCUGGAUGAAGUUUGUCUCAGAUGGCUCUAUCAGUAGAAGGGGAUUCCAGGCCACAUUUGCUCACUUAUUUGGAAAUAAUAUUGUCGGAACAAAUGGACAAAUUGCUUCUCCACUGUGGCCUAGAAAGUACCCUCACUUCUCCAACUAUCAGUGGAUGAUAACUGUGAAUGAAAGGCAAGUUAUCCAUGGUGAUAUCUCACAAAUGGAUAUUGAGGAUUUGAGUAAUUGCUAUAAAGAUAAGUUGAAGAUUUAUGAUGGACCAAAUACACAUUCUCAUCUCAUUGCAACAUAUUGUGGGAUAGCACUGUCUUCUUUCACCUCCUCUGGAAACUCUGUCACUGUCCAGUUCAUCUCUGAUUAUUCUGUAAAUGGAAAGGGUUUUCUUUUGGAUUGGUAUGCAAUGGAAACGCCAACGAAUGUUGAAAACAACUUGCCUAUAGGUGCCUGUGGAGGUCUCCUAACAGCCAGUGAAGUACCUUUAUUCCUGUUCUCACCAGGCUGGCCCUCAAAGUACAGAAAUUUUGCAGAUUGCACAUGGCUUAUCAGAGCACAAGGCUCAACAGUGGAGUUCAACAUCCUGGCUUUGGACAUAGAGUCUCAUGGCUCAUGCAAUUAUGAUAAACUUGUCUUCAGAGAUGGGGACAAUGGUCUUGCACCAGUUCUAUCCACUGUAUGUGGACGUGAAGUUCCUGGCCCAAUAAGGUCAACUGGGGAUGCCAUGUUUAUUCAGUUCACUUCAGAUUCAAGUACUACUGGUGCUGGAUUUAAUGCUUCUUUCCACAAAAGUUGUGGAGGCAUUUUGUAUGCAGACAAAGGUGUGAUCACUUCACCCAACUAUCCCCAAAGCUAUCCUCCAAAUCUCAAUUGUUCUUGGCAUGUUCUGGUCCCGGAUGGCUUCAUCAUUAGCAUCCAUUUUGAACAACCAUUCCAUGUACUGAAUGAUGAUGCUUUCUGCAACCAUGGAGAUUAUGUUGAG